AUGGUGCCAUUUCCUGAUUUUAGCCAUCUCAAUCAGCUCUACGUUGUUGCUCGUUUCAUCACUUCUCAUAAUAUACCAGUACACUUCAUCUGCCUUGCUGAUCGUAACCAAGAUUUGAAACAUCGCGUCCAAGGUGGGCUAUCUGCCUCAAACAUCCAUUUUCAUGACCUUUUGGUACCUUCUUCUCUUGACGCGGGUAAUGGUUUGCCUUCGAUUGUUAUAUUUAUGAAAAAGCUCGUCGAGCCUAUUAGAAGAACGUGUAUUGAUAUCUCUACCAACGCGAAGAGAUUGGUUAUAAUUCAUGAUUCCAUAAUGAUGGAUCAUAUAAGGGAUGUUCAUUCAUUGAUCCCGAACGUGGAGUCUUAUAAGUUCCACGCCAUUUCAACUUUUGCAAUAUACUCUGGGCUCCGACAAAGUAUUGAUCACUUAGUUGUUGAUGAUGAUGAUGAUGAUCAUGAAAAAAUGAUCAAACAAAUGCACGAUGAAUUUCCGUUGUUGGAUAGAUGUUGUGGACCUUAUGCAGCCGCGAACAGGCAGUAUUGGGCUGUUGGUCCAGUUCAUAUGUUGCUAGAAUCACGCGACUCUAGCAACAUGACGAAGAAUGAGUGUAUAGAAUUUCUAGACAAGCAAGACGUUAACUCAGUAAUAUACGUCUCGUUUGGAACGACUACUACUUUAACACAAGAGCAAGUCAAUGAGCUCGCGUUUGGUUUAGAACAGAGCAAUCGUAACUUCAUUUGGGUACUAAGACAAGCAGAUAAAAAGAUGGAAACUGAAAAUUUUGAAGAGAAUGAUGAGAAGAUUGAAUUGCCAAAAGGGUUUGAAGAUCGAGUGGACGGAAGAGGACUAGUGGUGAAAAAUUGGGCACCACAAUUGGAAAUCUUGGGACAUACAUCGAGUAGUGGAUUUUUGAGUCACUGUGGAUGGAAUUCUUGUCUCGAGAGCAUUAGCAUGGGAGUGCCUUUAGCAGCUUGGCCAAUCAAUUACGAUCAACCAUUUAACGCUGUUUUUGUAACCAACUUGCUGAAGAUUGCAACAUCGGUUAGGAGUUGGGCACGUCGAGAGGAAUUGGUGACAGCAUCAACCAUUGAGAAAGCUGUUAACAAGUUGAUGGGAACGACAGAAGGGAUCGAAAUGAGGCAAAGGGCAGUAGAGUUGAGCAAUAAGAUCAGGAAUUCUGUUAGCCGCGGAGGAGAUGCACGCAAAGAAAUUGGAUCUUUCAUAUCCUGUAUCACCAAAUAA